CGGCGUUUGUCCGCCAUCUGCCACCUCAAGUGGCGCUGACACCGGGCCUCCUGGCGCCGUCGUAUUAUUUCCCGGGCGCCGGAUUCCCGCGGCCGGAUGUCGCCGGUCCGAUGAACCCCAGCCGAACUAGGGCCCAAUCAAGGCCCCUGGAUCGGCGACUCUAAUGCUUACUGGAUGCCCAAUUGGACCAGCAUCUCUAUCCGCGCAGGCAUCCCCAUGCAGGAAGUUUACCCACUCAAAUUCUCCAGGAAUCUCUCUCCCCUUUCUCCAUCCGUCGCAUUCACUCUGCCCGCCUCUCUACCGGAGCUCAGAAGAACAAUGGCUUCGUCAACCACCAAACCAGAAUGCAAAGGCUGCUACCACCCCCGGCCAGCAGAGAGCAUAGCCACGCAUGGCGUCACCAACGUAGGGGUUAUGGAGGAGAACUCGCGCGCCGGAUGCGCCAGCUGUGCGAUCCUCCUCCAGGGCAUCCAAGCCUGCAUGCCCUCCCUCGGGUUGCAGAGCGACGAGCUCCUUCGUCUCGACUUCAAUGUCCGCGGAACGAAAAGUUUCGAGCUCAGGCUUCUCCCCUCCCUGAAAACGGUGUCCUUCUUCACGCCGGAAGAACCAUCGCCGAGGAUUUCCCAAUUGUUGCCCAAUUGUCCAAGGGGGUAUGAAAUCCCGGCGACAACAUCUUCUCGAGAGAGUCUAGAGUGGGCGUCGCGCCAACUCCACAGAUGCGUUAGCACGCACACCAAAUGCACCACCUCACAGUCGGGUUCACCGCUACCGAGACGCAUCCUCGACAUCGGCCAGAAUGCAGGCGGCACCAUCCGCCUGUACGAGACGGACCGUGAGAUGGGACGGUACGCCAGCCUGAGCUACUGCUGGGGACGGCAACCAUUCCUGCAGACAGUCACAGCGAACCUCCACGACCACCGAGUCAGUAUUCCCACAGACAAAUUACCGCCCACCCACCGGGACGCCGUUGAUGUCACACGCCAGCUCGGCCUGCGCUACCUCUGGAUAGACAGCCUAUGCAUCAUCCAAGACUCCGACGAAGACUGGCGUCGCGAGGCCGCCGACAUGGCCUCCAUCUACCAGGGGUCAUACCUCGUCAUCUCAGCCGCCAAGUCCGGCGCCGCAGGCGACGGCCUCUUCUCCACCGUCGCUCCCAAAUUCGCCCCCCACAAGCUGACGGUAGAUCUUCCCCGCGACGACGACGACGGCGACUCAUACCCCAUCGACGAAGUAUCCGCACGCAUCCGCUUCACGCACACCGCCCAGCCCCUCCCGGCCGCCGCAGAGGAGACCUCCGCGCUGCCCGUCUUCUCCCGCGGCUGGACGUUCCAGGAGCGCUUCCUCGCGUCGCGGGUGGUGCACUUCACGGCCGAGGAGCUAGCCUGGGAGUGCCUAGAGGAAUCGGCGUGCCAAUGCUCGGGGCCCGAGACGCCCCCGCGGUCGCGGGAGGCCGCUCGGGCGAUGGCGAAGUACGCUGCGGAGGGCGGGCAGACGAUGCAGCCCAAGCUGCUGUACAACCCGUCGCACUGGCGAGACAUGAGCGAGAUGGAGCUGCGGCGGUGCUGGCACGACAUGGUGGAGGACCACAGCUGCCUGGAGCUGACGUUUGAGAGCGACGUGUUCCCGGCCACGUCGGGGCUCGCGAAGGGGCUGGGCCGCGUCAGGGAGAGCGGGUAUCUCGCCGGGCUGUGGGAGACGUCUCUUCUCGCAGACCUGUGCUGGUACGUCCCGUCCCGUCGGGUUCCGUCUGCGUCGUCGGAGGUCGCACCAAAGAGCAGGCCAAGCCGUUGGCGAGCCCCGACCUGGUCCUGGGCGUCGGUAAUAGGGCCGGUACGCUUCAUGACAGUCGAGGACCCCAUCCACCCCUGCCAAGUCCUUGAAGCGCAUUGUACCCCGGUCGGCACGGACCCGACGGGGCAGUUGAUCGGAGGACAUCUCCAACUGAAAGGAUUGCUAGUCCCGACAGACCUCCUCUACAAAGCCCAAGCAGGGACCCCGGAGGCACCCCCCUGGCAGAUCCUUGACCUCGGCCUUCUCCGCGGGUGGAUGGGCAACCAGCACGCGGAUUACGACCCGUCACUCGCGGGGCCGGGGCAUGUGAGCGCCGGGUCGACCGUGUACUGCUUCCUCAUCGGCCAGGCGCGUCCCACUGACGUGCUGUGUUUCCUUGUCCUGAGACGGAUUGACGACGACGAUGCAGAAGUGCCAUGCCACGUCUAUGAGCGACUUGGGUUCGCCGAGCUGUUCCUGCGGCAGUUCAGCAACAGGUCGAUGCUAGAAAUGGCCAAGUCGGCUGGCGAGGUGGCGGUGGUCAAGAUUGUAUAAUCAGCCAGAGAGGGCUUCCAUUAAUCAGAUAAAGUUAUAAAUCCAACGCCGCCCGCUACGAUAAUUCAAAGGCCAGGGCUGCAAAGGCCAGGGCUGGGGCAGGAUACAAGUUUACAUCGGCAACUCCCUAAAUCUCCCUACUCUCGCCGAUCUCGCACGUAUCAAACACGCCCGUCUCGGGCAGUCCCCGCCUCUUCAUGGCCUCGCGCAGCAGCGCGGGCGGCUCGAGGACCUUCUCGCCGGUCAGCACCCACGUGCCCCAAUGGAUGCCCACGGCAUUCCUGCAGCGCGUAUCGCGGAAGAUCUCCACCGCAUCAGCCGGGUUAGCGUGCAUGGGCGAGAAGACGUAUCGCGGCGCGUACGCGCCGAUGGGGAUCAGGCCGAGGUCGAAGGGCCCGCGGAGGUCGCCGAUCUGGCGGAACUGCGGACACACGGG